AGGUUUAAUGAAUGACCCAGUAGAGGGUUUUACAGUUGAAUUGGUUAAUGAGUCGUCUUUAUAUGAGUGGAAGGUUUAUUUAGAAGGUCCAAAGGAUACAUAUUAUGAAGGGGGAGUGUUUCAGUUAUUAUUAUCAUUUCCAAGAGAUUAUCCAAUGAACCCACCCACAUUAAGAUUUAUUUCAGAAUUUUGGCACCCAAAUGUUUAUGUUAGAGAAGGUAGGGUUUGUAUUUCAAUCUUACAUCCACCUGGGGAAGAUGUUUUAAGUGGUGAGCUACCACAAGAAAGAUGGUUACCAACCCAAAGUGUAUCAACAAUUAUAUUAAGUUUAAUGUCAAUUCUUAGUGAUCCAAAUUGUUCAUCACCCGCCAAUGUUGAUGCGUCUGUUGAAUGGAGAACUAAUAAAGAAUCAUAUAAAAAAAGAUGUGCUAAGCUUGUAGAAAAAGCA